AUGCGAGUCCUCAGGCCAAGCCUGUGUGCCGGGCGCCUCCUCCGGCUGCGGCUACCCCCGCGGCAGCCGCAGCCGCCAGGACCCCGGCUGUCCUGCGGGCGGCCGGCGGCGGCCGGCGCCCUGGAGCAGGCCAUGGACGAGCUGCUGCACCGCGCCGUGCCCGCGAUGCCGGCCUAUGAGCUGCGCGAGAAGACGCCGGCGCGGGCGGAGAACCAGUGUGCGGACUUCGUGAGCUUCUACGGCGGCCUGGCUGAGACGGCCGAGCGCGCCGAGCUGCUGGGCCGCCUGGCGCGCGGCUUCGGCGUGGACCACAGCCAGGUGGCCGAGCAGAGCGCCGGCGUGCUCCAGCUGCGCCAGCAGCCGCGGGAGCCAGCCGUGCUGCUGCAGGCCGAGGACCGGCUCCGCUACGCGCUAGUGCCGCGCUACCGCAGCCUCUUCCACCACAUCAGCAAGAUGGAGGGCGGCGUGCGCUUCCUGGUGCGGCUGCGGGCCGACUUGCUCGAGGCGCAAGCCCUCAAGCUUGUGGAGGGGCCGCACGUCCGGGAAAUGAACGGGGUGCUGAAAAACAUGCUCUCGGAGUGGUUUUCCUCGGGGUUCCUGAACCUGGAGCGGGUCACCUGGCAUUCACCAUGCGAAGUGCUCCAGAGAAUCAGCGAGGCUGAGGCCGUGCACCCCGUGAAAACCUGGAUGGACUUGAAGCGGCGCGUGGGGCCCUACCGGAGGUGCUACUUCUUCUCCCACUGCUCGACGCCAGGGGAGCCCCUGAUCGUCCUGCACGUGGCCCUGACCAGCGAGAUCUCCAGCAGCAUCCAGACGAUCAUAGUGAAGGAGUGCCCCCCGUCGGAGACAGAGGAGCGGAACAAGAUCACCACGGCCGUCUUCUACUCGCUGAGCCUGACCCAGCAGGGGCUGCAGGGCGUGGAGCUGGGCGCCUUCCUCAUCAAGCGGGUGGUGAAGGAGCUGCAGAAGGAGCUCCCCCAGCUGGGCGCCUUCUCCAGCCUGUCUCCCAUCCCCGGCUUCACCAAGUGGCUCCUGGGGCUGCUCAAGUCCAAAGCCAAGGAGCAUGGGCGGAGCGGACUGCUGACGGACUGCGAGAGUCAGGAGAUCGCCGAGCUCACGGGCGGCCCCGCGCUCGAGACGCUGCAGACGCUGCUGAGCAGCGGCGAGUGGGCGCAGUCGGAGCGGCUGGCGCGGGCGCUGCAGGCCCCGCUGAUGCGGCUGUGCGCCUGGUACCUGUACGGGGAGAAGCACCGCGGCUACGCGCUCAACCCCGUGGCCCACUUCCACCUGCAGAAUGGCGCCGUGCUCUGGCGCAUCAACUGGCUGGCCGACGUCAGCCUCAAGGGCGUCACGGGCGCCUGCGGCCUCAUGGUCAACUACCGCUACUUCCUGGAGGACACGGCCGCCAACAGCACCGCCUACCUCGGCUGCAAGAGCAUCAAGGCCUCCGAGCAGGUCCUCAGCCUGGUGGCCCAGUUCCAGAAGAACAGCAAACUCUAG